AUGACUACCGAGACAUCGCCGCAACAAAAGCGCACAUCACCCAGGACAGUCCGAAAAGAGCGAUUACUACCCGCAUUGGAGCAAGAUCUAUCUGACUACACUCCCCAACGUCACUUUAAGAAGUUGCCAGGACGGGUAUUUCAGCGACAGGUUGUGAAGUCGAGCAGAGUGGAAUCAUGGCGAAAUGAGGUUUCAAAAAAGGACAACUUCACACCGCAAGAUGAAGUGGCGAGGAAUAUCGAGACUGCUGAUGAACCAUGUGCUGAGUGUCUAGCUUCAGAAGCUGUGGUCUUGAGAAAUGGUGGGAUGAGAGAGACUGUAACGGGACUUCCAGUUCGGAACGCUGCUGUUGAGACCAGCAAUACCACACCAGUUGCUGCCAAGCCCAAGAUCAAAGCUGCCGAAAAGACACCACGACAACCUCUCAGUGUGAUCUUCCGAAAUGGUCACAGAGGCGUACCCAGACGUUCACUCCCUGUCUCUCAAAUUCGUGAUGUGGCGAGCACUGCUGCUCAGUGGCGGGUCAGACCUACCCAGGAGUUAGAUGAUCCUGUUCCACCACCUCCAGCUCCUGUCUUCCCUAAGCCAAAGCCAAAGACUCAAGCUGUGAAGACUUACAAGACGAAGUUCAGGUCCACACUACCGAAGCAGUCCCAAGAGAGUAAUGUCAUUGACCAUGACGCGGAAGAGGAUGGACAUGUUGUGUUUCCUGAGAGCAAACCUACAAAGAUUGGAUGUGAUCUGGAGCCUGCCACGAGUAGCUUUCAAUAUCCUGAGGACAGUUCGCCACUUGUGGUAUCUCAGGAAAGUAGAUCUCUGGAGGAAUACCUACGUGGUGGACAGCGAGCUACUCAAGAUCUCGGCAAAUGUCACUCCAAUGAACCACAUGAAGCUGAAGGAUCACACUCUGAUGAGCAGCUUAUUGAUGAGCUUCGCCAAGAGCAGGAUGAGAAUGAACCCGAGGAGCAAGAGAACGACAAUGAAGAGAUGCAGAAUCUGACGCUGAAAGAGGAAGCACUCAGCGACAUGGAAAUUCUGCUACUAGAAAUGGUUGAUGGCUGUGAUAACAGCUAUUCACCGUCAACCUCUUCAAGCCCUAAAAGACCAAGAAGCGAGGGUAGUUCUGAGGAGGGCGGAGGCAGCCAAGAGAAUGAAGGAAACGGAAACGGGCUUGAGGAUGCCGACCAACAGAAACUUCAUGUCAAAAGGAGACGAACCGAGCGUCGGGUACCAAGUGCUGAGGUUCGAAAAGCCGCUCUUCGGGAUUUGAGUGAUAGGAGAGUAUCAAAAGCUUCACGACAGACUAGAGACAUUGGCCCCGACGUCACAACAAGGCCAAAGAAGAGUAAGAAGUCUAGUCAGUCCAAGAAGCGAACCAAAGAACCUCGCCGACUUCCAGACCGUGGUGAGUUGAUGACGGCACCAGAGAGACUGGAAGAACUGGAAGUGGAAUCUGCGCCUACUCCGCCACUAGAGCUAUCGCAAGAUCCAAUCUCCCAGACAUCUGAUGGCGGAGACGAUGAUGAUGUAAGACGACACCGUCGUGGUCCUUUGACUACCAUCAGGAUACCCAGAGGCUUUGGAGAGGUGGACAUAUCGUUGUAUCGCAUGCCAGAACGCCCCAAUGCUCAAAGUCGAUUCGCUCAGAUUACUACAUACUCUGAUGGAUUCAGUGGGAAAGAAAGAGAGCCGAUUGGUCGAUUGAUGCCAGUAAAACAGCAAAGUCGACGAAAGGAAAGCUAUAAUCAUAGAACGAUCAGAUAUGGAGAGCUUCAACUUGUCCAGGAGAGGCCUCCAGAAGACCCAUCAGAAGAUCCGCCAGAAGGUCCACGCCGUCGGAAGAAGAAGCAGAGAUUGAGGAAAAAGGUUCCAAGAUCUAUCCCUCACCAGCCAGAGGAUGAUCAGAUGCUUAUGGUUGACGAAGAGGAUUCCGCACAAGGCGCGAUAAUUGCUCAGAAUAAGCAAUCGACGGAGGCUGUGGCACAACCUUACACACCCGUAAUUGCGAAUCAAAGUCUGAUGUCCAUUACACCUGCAGGUAAUACAUCCCCACCGAAGCGAAAAUCACAAAGCAUGCGUCUUGACCCUAAAGCCAAUAAUCAACUGGAAUCGAGAGCCAUGACCCAAAGAUCUGUUGCUGAAAAGCCAGAGGAACAUCUUAAACUGCCACCGAGUACUGUUCCUCUGCUUACCAAGCCUAAAACUGAGAGGCGAAGGCGGAAUGAUCAAAUCGCCUCACAAGAAAUUAGUCUAGUUACCAUGAAACGAACUAACAAGCAUGGUAGGAGAGAGGCAGAGCCAGAGCUUUGUGACCAAGUUACGGCUGGCCAUGGUGAUGACGACCCAGACACGAGAAGUGAAGACGCAUCGCGGGAGGUUGAGGCGAACAAUACACCUUCUGAGAACGAGGAUGGAAAUGGGCUGGAUAACGUGUCCCAGCAAUCGAAUCCACAGUCAGAACCUGAGAAUUCACUGGAGCGAGACUAUGCGGAUGACACGGAGGAGAAAUCAAAUGAUUUCACCAGUGUUCCUAGCGACAUUGUGGUAGAUGAGGAUGAUCAGGAAGGAUCAGCUCGACCACCUUCGAGCACACAUUACCAGCUAUGUGGCAACGCAAUAGUCCAAGUACACCGGCAGGAGAUUGACAUUUUAGUAGCAGAAUUGAACGAGCAGACGAAGUCUGAGAAGGCGAGGAUCCGAGAGAAGCUUCAAGCUCCUCCCACAAGCCAGCAAGCGAAAGGCAAAUAUCAGUAUGAGACUCAAGGACAGGAGCCUCGACCAAGCCAGCAAUUGCCAAUACUCGCGAGUAUUGCCUCAGAAGCUUUGAAAUUAGAGCAUCUGUCCAGUCAACUCUCACAGCAUUCAGCCAACGAUCUCGAUGGCUCUUGGCGACCUCGCAUUCCUGAGACGAGCGGGUCCGAGAUGCAAGCUGACGAGGAGAUCUUUGAUAGUCCGACGCCGCCACAUGAGCGUGAAAGAGCUGCCUCGUCUCGUCGUCAAUCACUCAGGAGACGACCAAGUAUCAGAAGCCAGUCCUUGUAUGUAGUCGACCAAUUGCCAGAAAGUGGGUCUUCACAAAUAAUGCCCGCAAUCACGCACGAUAGCCAAGGAGGAUCUAUCAUCCUUGGGGAUACCCAAAACUUUCGUCGUUCCUAUCCAGCGGAUAUCCCAGAGACACAAUUUGAGGAGGACGAAGAAAGAAACGCAGGUCUUCAUGGUCCUUGA